GCCUCUGGGCUCGCCGAAGGCGAACUGGCCGACUACGAAUCCGAGCGACCUUCGGGCACGCGGGCGAACUACAAGUCCCAGCGCCUUUGGGAGCAGUGCGCGCGGAACCCCCGGGUUGAGAGGUCUCUUCAGAGCUCGAGGCAGGACCCAGGCCCCUCUCUUAAGUCCUGAGGGUAGACCUGGAGUACCCGGCUUCGGAGCUCUCAGUAUCGUGCCGAUCUGGACGUGGCUCUGCGCCGCGCUCCCGCAGGCCUGUUGGAGAGGCUGCGGACUGACCACAUCUUACGCCAUGCAGGACGCCGGGGAAGGUUCAGGGGAAGCAGCAAAGAUGUCUAAUGAACCACCCCCUCCUUAUCCUGGGGGCCCCACAGCCCCACUGCUGGAGGAAAAAAGUGGAGCUCCACCCACUCCAGGCCGUACCUCACCAGCUGUGAUGCAGCCCCCACCAGGCAUGCCACUGCCCCCUGCAGACAUUGGCCCCCCACCAUAUGAGCCACCAGGUCAUCCAAUGCCUCAGCCUGGCUUUGUCCCCCCUCAUAUGGGUGCAGAAGGCACCUACAUGGCUCCAGGUUUUUACCCUCCUCCAGGUCCUCACCCACCCAUGGGCUACUACCCAUCAGGACCCUACCCUCCAGGACCCUACCCUGGCCCUGGGGGCCACACAGCAACAGUCUUGGUCCCUUCAGGGGCUGCCACCACGGUGACAGUGCUGCAGGGAGAGAUCUUUGAAGGUGCACCAGUGCAGACUGUGUGUCCCCACUGCCAGCAGGCUAUAACUACCAAGAUCUCCUAUGAGAUUGGACUGAUGAACUUUGUGCUGGGUUUCUUCUGCUGCUUCAUGGGGUGUGAUCUAGGCUGCUGCUUGAUCCCCUGCCUCAUCAACGACUUCAAGGAUGUGACACAUACAUGCCCCAGCUGCAAAGCCUACAUCUAUACAUACAAGCGCCUGUGCUGACGGAGCCAGAUUGGACUCAUCUGCCUGUCAGUCUAGCCCCAUGCUUUGCUCCCUGCAUUCAGUGGUCAUUUCUCUCCUCACUUGGGGUAGGAAGCUGUGCCACUGUCCCCUGAAAGUCCUGUCCUCUUUGCCUUGCCCUAACCUGAGCAUCUGACUUUUCCAGCAAAAGUUCUGUUGGAUUUAAGGCCAGGGGCCAGUGGGUGGCAGCGGGGAUGGUGGCGGCACUGAACUUGUGUAUUGCUGGUUUGGCUGACAUCUGUGAUCCAGAAGAUAAGCUGGGAAGGGUUUCCUACUGGGGUUCCCAUUCUUCCCUUUCCCUACAAGGUCCCAACUUGGUCCCGACUGUCCUUGGGACCAAAAGUAGCCAUAGUAGUACUGGGUCCAGGAUGGAGAUCUAUAGUGGGGCUGUACCUGGAGCUGCAGUCAUUUCUGAUUUGCUGGAUCAAGAUCAGAGUAUUGUUUGAAGUCUGCCUGGACCCAUGCAGGACAGAGUCAAGUCCUGGGUUUGUUAAGAUGUAUGCUGUGCCUCUGCAGUGCCAGAGACAGGGCAUGACAGAAAUAAUAACUGGUAAUUCUGGCCCUCAGAUCUCUCAGGUGUGGAAACCCAGAACUCCCUGUCCAUGUGCCCAACAACCAUCUGGUAUAAGGUAGCCAAGAGGGACUCGCCUUCAUGCAUUUCCCUUUGAGUCAGUGUGUAGCCCUACUCUGGCCACAUCUCUGUGAACCACUAUUUUUCUAAGGCCAGAAGGAAUUCUCACAAACUUAGCUUGUUUUGUGUACUAUGUUCUCCCUGGGUGUGGGUAUAGCCUCUUCCCAUUAACUGUGUCCUGGCGAGGACAGAUAUAAAGGAACUCCUUACAGGUGUAGUGGGAUCUGCAGCACCCUCUGCAUUUGGCUCUCUUCUCAGUAAGUGCUAGACCCUUAGCUGACUUGGUGUUAUUCUGCACACCCUCCCUUUGGGGUACUCCAGUAGAAACAGCUGUGGCACUGGGCUAGGAAAGAGUUGGCGUAAGUGCUGGGAGUACCCUAGUAGAUACCAGCCUUGCCCUCGGUAUAGCCCAAAUCUGUGUUUAUUUCCUGAAUAGUUUGUGAAUUUGCCCAUGUGGAUGCUGUAUCCUAUUGCUGUCCCUCUCUUGGUCUCGCACUGCCACUGCAUGGCCUCCCAUCACUGUGAAUUGCGGCCUGGUUUGUAGUUACUAAUUAAAUUGGCCCUUUCAUUCCCCUGAGCUGGGCCUCUACUGUCUUGCCUGGCUUCCUUUUUUUCUGAGGGAAAGAGGGUGGGUUUAUAUGUGAAUCUACUGGCAGGUAGGAAGCUGAACCCAACUGUCUGGCAACAACAUCGAUACAUAAGGACUUAACUGUGCCAGAGUCUGAUGUAGACUAUUCCUGGAAAUCCAGCUGUGACUAGCCCAGGACAGGAGCUGGCUUCAGCAGUGCUCAUAAAGUUACCUUACUUGGUAUCCAGCCACAGUAUCUGAAAGCGGGAAAACCCCUCUCCCCAGCUUCAGCUUGAUGUCAUCCUACCUUUAAGAUAGAGACACUGGGGAUUCUAGAUCAGCCCUGGCAGUGGCCUAACUUCCCUAACUGUGAAAGUGGUGUGCUCAAUUUGUAGUUUAAGAAGUGUUUCCUCACUAUUUAACUCCCUUUUGAAUAAAACUUUUACAGUAAUAGUUUCCUAUCAAUAAAAAUAUUUAACGUCACAAA